ACUUCCUUUCCUUACAAAGCUUCCAUCUUUCAUUUCAACCACCUCAUUCUCUCAAUUCAACUCUCUCUCUCUCUCUCUCUCUCUCUCUAAUCCAAGUGAGAUUUCGGUUUUUGAGACUCUUUGCUUGUCUCUCCUGUUCUUGUUCAGAUCUUCUUUUCCUUCUCUUUUUAGUGGUUAAUUGAGGUUUUACUUUUGGUAAUCAUGGCCAGUUUGGAGGCCUAAAGAUUGUAAGUUUUUAUGUGUUAGAUCGCCAGUUAUUUUUUAGAAAAAGCUAUUACGUGUCAGUGUUAUUUUGUACUUAUAGUUUUUAUGAUUGAUACAUAAAUUGUGCUUGUCUACUUUUCUUUUGAUUUUUGUUGUAUAUGAUUUCCCCCUUCUUCUUCUUUUUAUCAUGCUUUUCCGUUUAUUUGUUUGUGUUUUUCAGACUUGAAGUUAUCAUUCUCGAUUACUUGUCUAAAAGAGGUUUCAAUCAAAUUGGUGAGACAUUCUCCAGCGAAAUUCAUGCUAAUCAAAAUCAUGUUGCUGUCAAUUCUCCUCAUGAAGACAUUCUGCAAGUAUGGUGGGGUAAAUUUUAUGAAACAUUUAGCACUAGGUUCCCUGGCGUUCCUUUAUUCGCUGCUAAAUCCUUUGAUAAGGUCGCACAAAUCGUGGAAGACGUUGUGUCUAAUGCUUUGCCUGCUUCACCAGAACUUUCUGAUGCGGAUAACCAUUGGAGCCUUUCGAAGAUGGAGUUAAUGCACUGGAUUGGUGGAGGAACAAUAGAAGACAAUUUCCCGUUCUUUCAACAAUGGCUAGAGAUGUGCUAAAUGUUCCAAUGUUCCAAUGUCAAAUGAAUGUUCUAGUAUGUUUCAGAGAUUGGAUUAGAUCAAAGCGAAGAAAUCAAGGAAGAGAACAAGAUCCAAGAGAAGACCAGCAACUUGAAGAUAUAAUGUCACUUGGAGAUCCAUCAGUACAAACAUCUCCAAUGUAUGGAGAUGUCGAUUAUGAAAAUGUUGAGCCAAUUCCUCCUAAUGUUAAUAUGGAAGAAUUGAAUAAAAUGGUGGAAAAUAUGUAGAUUUAAAUUUGAAGAGUUGUCAAAUUGAGUUUUCUUUUUCUAGUUUAAGUUUACGAAAUCAAAGAAAAGUAAAUGUAAGUUUGUAAGCUUUAAAGUUUAAAUUCGACUUUGCAAUUAUCGAUUAAUAAAACUAAAGGCUCACUGAG